CGCAUCGUCAUCACCCGGCGCCGCCGGGUUCUGCUCAGCGGCGGGUCCUGCUCCUGGGACUCUGCGGGACUCCGCGGGAUCUCCCAUUUCAUUUCCACUCCCCAUUUCCACCCCCUCCAUCCAUGACCCGCUGGGCGCGGCGGAACAUCCCGCCCGGGGCGAGGGCGCUGGACGCGACCCCCUGGGAAGAGAUGGGGGGCCCGGGAAAGGAUGAGGAGGAGGAGAAGGAGAGGAGGAAGAGGAGGAAGAAGGAGUAUGUGAGCGAGGACGUGAACGGGUUCUUGGCGCACCGGAAACAGCAGCAGCAGAAGGAGGAGGAGAAGGAGGCGCUAAGGAAGGACCGGCGGCGGGAGAGCAGGAGGGUGAGGAGGCAGGAGAGAAGGAAGAACGCCAUGGUGUGUUUCCACUGCAGAGAACCUGGGCAUGGCAUGGCUGACUGUCCUGCAGUCCUGGAAAGCCAAGACAUGGGGACGGGCAUCUGCUACCUGUGUGGAUCCACGGAACAUGACAUCAGCAAAUGCAGAGCCAAAGUGUAUCCAGCCAGUGGGCCAUUUCCGUAUGCAAAAUGUUUCAUCUGUGGUGAGAUGGGGCACCUUUCAAGGUCAUGUCCGGAUAAUCCCAAAGGACUGUAUGCUGAAGGUGGGGGCUGCAAACUUUGUGGCUCCGUGGAGCACUUCAAAAAGGACUGCCCAGAGAAACAGAAUGCAGAGCAGGUGACAGUUGGGCGAUGGGUCUCUGGAAUGAGCGCAGACCACGAGGAAGUCACCGAAGCACCACAGCUGCAGAAGCCAAAAGCCAAAGUACCCAAAGUUGUGACUUUUUGAAGGUCUCUUGGCCCUUCACUGCUGCUUUGCUGCAGAAGAGUGACUACAGAGAGCUGGUUCCAGAAAAUCAAGCAGAAUGCUGCUGAAUUGUUAUUUUUUUGUCUCCCUUCAUUUUUCCAGUUUGCCUCCCAGACUCCCCCAGCUCCCUGAAAAGCUAGGAACAACAGAAAUACACCAAGCGGGUAUUUUACUAAAGGGAUUCUGGGUAUUUUUUAAAGGUUCUUGUUGGGUUCUGGCUUGGUUUUGCCUUCUCCUUUUAGGAAUAACCGAUUUAUUCCUCUAUAUGUCCCAGCCUGGCACAUAUGUAACUUCUUGUGGUGAAGUUACAGGUAAGCCCCACGGCCUGUCGAGCUUGGGGGUGCAAUUCCUGCUACUCGUGGUUGUAAUUAACAGUCAUUAACUUGAUUGUUAGUGCAUGUUGGAUUGUUUAUUUGUUCAGUAACAAACAGAAUCAUGCCCUGCCUUUGAUAUCUGUGGUGAAAAA